AGCGCGCUGCUCCUCACCGCCGCAUCUCACUUUCCAAACACUGCCGGUAAUAAAGAACAAAGAAGACAUGAUGUAGAAUCCUUCAGAGUCCACCCAGACGUCCUGCCUCUCUUGGGUUUUGUUUUUUUGGGAUCUCAGAGGCUGAUCCGUCCUGUUCUAACGGCCGCGUUCUGACGCUCCGCUCCGAACAGGAGUCCGUCCACCGACCGGCAGAGGUGCAGCCCGUCCGUCUUCUUCAUCUUCAUCUUCUGGAUGGGUCCGGGCUCCUCACACCUGUAACUGAGGACUUGGUCUUUGUACAUAAUCGGAUUUUCAUAAUAAGAAGUGGAGGAAUUGGUUCUCCCACCACUUUUAUCCAUGCAAAAUCAUUUAGAGCAGAGACAGGUCUGAAGGUGAGGAGGUCUACUGUGAAGAGCCGGCUUUACAAUGGCAACAGGAGUGGCGGCAUGGCUCCCUUUUGCCAGGGCAGCGGCAAUUGGCUGGAUGCCUGUUGCCAACUGCCCCAUGCCCAUUGCACCCAGAGACAAUAGUAAAAGACAGGACGAACUCAUCAUCCUCAAUGUCAGCGGUCGUCGGUUUCAAACCUGGCGAACCACCUUGGACCGCUACCCAGACACCCUGCUGGGCAGCUCAGAAAAAGACUUUUUUUACAACGAGGAAACCAAGGAGUACUUCUUUGACCGUGACCCUGAUGCCUUCCGAAGCAUCCUGAACUUCUACCGGACCGGGAAGCUCCACUACCCCCGACACGAGUGCAUCUCAGCCUACGAUGAGGAGUUGACCUUCUUCGGCAUCAUCCCUGAGAUCAUUGGUGACUGCUGCUACGAAGAGUACAAGGACAGGAAAAGGGAGAAUUUAGAACGCCUUCAGGAUGAUCAGGAGGAGAACAAGGACAUGAAGCUGCCCAACAUGAACUUCAGGGAGACCAUGUGGCGGGCUUUUGAGAACCCCCAUACUUCCACCAUGGCCCUCGUCUUCUACUAUGUGACUGGUUUCUUUAUCGCUAUCUCAGUCAUCACAAAUGUGGUUGAGACAGUGCCCUGUGGUUCUACUGCCAACCAGAAAGACAUGCCAUGUGGUGAACGUUACACAGUGGCGUUCUUCUGCAUGGACACCGCCUGUGUCAUGAUAUUCACAGUCGAGUACCUGCUGCGCUUGUUUGCAGCUCCAAGCCGUUACCGUUUCAUGCGCUCAGUGAUGAGCAUCAUCGACGUGGUGGCCAUCUUGCCAUACUACAUCGGCCUGGUGAUGACCAACAAUGAAGAUGUGAGCGGCGCCUUUGUGACGCUGCGUGUGUUUCGAGUAUUUCGCAUCUUCAAGUUCUCCCGCCACUCGCAGGGCCUGCGGAUCCUAGGUUAUACGCUCAAGAGUUGUGCUUCGGAGCUUGGCUUCCUCCUCUUCUCUCUCACCAUGGCCAUCAUCAUCUUCGCCACUGUCAUGUUCUACGCAGAGAAGGGCUCCAGCUCCAGCAAGUUCACCAGCAUCCCAGCAUCCUUCUGGUACACCAUUGUCACCAUGACUACACUUGGAUAUGGAGACAUGGUGCCAAAGACGAUUGCAGGGAAGAUCUUCGGCUCCAUCUGUUCCCUGAGUGGAGUUCUGGUGAUUGCUUUACCCGUCCCUGUAAUUGUUUCUAACUUCAGCCGCAUCUACCACCAGAACCAAAGAGCAGAUAAACGCCGUGCUCAGAAGAAAGCCAGACUGGCCAGGAUAAGAAUAGCCAAGUCGGGCAGCGCCAACGCUUUCCUCCAGAGCAAACGCAACGGACUUAUCAACGAGCUGUUGGAGCUGACGGGUACAGAAGAGGAUGAGCAGAAACUGAUCAAGUCCACAUCACUGUUAGAGAGCCAACACCACCACCUACUGCACUGUCUGGAGAAAACCACUGCUCAUGAGUUUGUGGAUGAGCAGAUGUAUGAGCAGAACUGUUUAGAAACAGUCCUGCAGAGCUACCCGUCACGCAGCCCCUCCAUAUCCAGCCACGACAGCUCCAUGGGUACCUGCUGUGGCCACAGGGUGAAGAAGAACAUUCCUCUGCCCAAUGCCAGCGUCCCCCCUGCCCACCCGGUCCCCGUACACCAAGGGCCCCUGCAGGAGCUCAGUGCCAUCCACAUACAGUGCAGUGACCCGUCAUCACACACAGCCAGCCGCUCUACCCUGAACCUGAAGGCCGAUGACAGCAGGAUCAACUGUAAAGGUGGCAGGAUCACCACGGCGAUCAUCAGCCUCCCAACACCCCCCGCUUUGACCCCAGACGGUGAUGGUCUUCACGGGCCUCCACAGCGGAGGCCGCCCCCACCCUCAGGCCAUCCUACGCCCCCAAGCAUCCAGACCACAACAAGCUCAGCAUGCACCAGCAUCGUCAAAGUCUCAGCUCUCUGACUCUGUGGCUGGCAGAUGUAACUCAGCUCAGCAGGAAAGAAAGAAGGAAAACGAGGAGGUGGAGAAGGAGGUGAUACAGCCUUGAUGGACGGACCAUGUCCUACGUCACAGGAUGAACCGACAGAGCGACACACUCAACAAGUGUCAAGAGUAGAGCCGAUACUGAAAUAAAGGAUUGUAGAUAUGUGAACCCAGAAUCACACACUUGUCAUUUUGUGUUUGUACUGUAGAUAUGGACAGAAUUACUGCAUUUCUAAUAGUUUCUAACAGCAGUACAGAUGUUUUACAGUAAGUACUGUAAGAAUAAAAAAAA